AUGAAAUUUACUUACAUAUAUUUCAUUACAAUUUUUGUAGUGGUUUCAUGUGAACCUCAAGCUAUAACUGAUGAUCGUUUGAACUUUAUUGAUGAAUUAGGCAAUUAUCAUUUUGGCUAUAAUGAUGGACAAACCGCUCGUCAUGAGAUGAGAACAAAAGAUGGUAUUGUUCGUGGAACAUAUCUUUUUGUUGAUGCAAAUGAUGAAAUUAAACGAGUAUCCUAUACAUCUGAUCCUGUAAAUGGAUACAAAAUUGUUGACGAAUUACCUAAAGAAGAAAAAAAAGAAAGUGUAUCCACUGAUGAUAAAUCUCCAGCAACAGAAUCUGAAGCCACCACUGUUUCAUCACCGGAAUUAGAUGAUAGAAUAUCUGACGAUAUGAACUUACCAAAACCUGUUAUGGAUACACCAGAGGUUUUGGCUGCCAAGCAAGCACAUUUGGAAGCAUUCAGGCAAGCUUCUCUUAGAACACAAUUUUUAUAA